AUGAUUCCCGUCCGCAACCUCACAAGCCGACUAAGCCAACUAUCUCAUCACCUCCCACCAGUCCGCAAAAUGUCUUCGUCGUCCCCCGCCGCGGGUCCCGCGCCGUGGCGUGCGCCGUUCCUCCAAAACGUGACAGAAAUGGCCUCACCUGAAUUCACCCUCGCGACGAUCCACGCCGCGCCCUCCGACGCCGCAGCAUCAGGAAGCACUACCUCCGCCUCGCCGCGCCUGCGCACCGUGAUCUUCAGAGGUCUUUGGGCGUCUCUCCCCGUCAACCCCAAAAACACGGCCGAGCUCAACCCGCCCGUCUACGAGAGUGACAUGCUCACGCUGACCACAGACGCGCGCAUGGCCAAGGUGCCCGACUUCUUCGGCUCGGCGACGCCGACGGCGGGAGCAGCCGGCUCAGGCGGCGGAGCGCCAGUGGAGGCGUGUUUCUGGACGGACGCAAAGGUCCAGUGGCGCGUCCGCGGUGAGGCGUACAUCCUCGGCCCGGACGUCGAGCACGACUCCCCCGCCGCCGCAGACCUCCGCUCCAAGAUCCUCGGCAACAUGCGGAAGCUGUCCGAGUCCGAGAGCGAGAGGAGAAAGGCGGAGGACCUACCCUCGGAAGUCAGAGACCACGUCUCGGACAAGGAAUGGAGCUUCGGCCGCGAGUUGACGGCGCACUUUGGAAACCUCAGCCCCGGGAUGCGAGGGACGUUCCGCAACCCGGAGCCCGGCACCUCCCGGUCGGCGAACCCACCCGAUGAGACUUACAAGCUGGGACAGAAAGUCCAGGACCUUCAGGACAAGGUAGCGAGGGCCAAUUUCCGCGUCGUGGUGAUUGUGCCGACCGAGGUAGACCAGACGGACCUGAGUGACGCGGAAGAUCCGCGGCGGUGGCUGUAUCGGUUUGUCGGCGCGGAGGCCGGCGGGGACCAGAAGCCGGAUGACGGGGCGGAAAGAUCCAAUGGGUGGGAUAAGAUUGAAUUGUGGCCAUGA